AUGUCGACUCCGAAAUCUGCUCCCCGCGGCGACGUCGAUGGCUACGGUUUUGCUACCCCUUCCGAUCUUCCGCCAACCUACGCUCCUCCUACCUACGCCUCCUUCUCUCCCGCAAACCUUUCCACCGCCGCCUCGGCUGCCAAGCGAAGAUCAACUAUCCUCGUCCACCAAAAGUCCCCGCUGCUGCUCGCUACACCUCCCCAGAUCACCCGCGCCCUCGCUUACAGCCACCCUUUUCUCUUACCCCUGAACAAGCUCGUGGGAUUGUUGACCUGGACUACCGGUGAUCCGUGGGAGAGCUUCUUGCUGCUAGUGGUCUUUUGGGCUACCGUGCAGUAUGGAGACGUCGUCGUACAGUUUGCCGGCCCCAUCGCGGUCGUCAUGGGCAUUAUAGGCGGCAUGUAUGGACGGCGGUACAGUCCGCUGUCUAGUAGCGGCUGGGCCGAACAUCCGAGCAUGGCUGGCGGCAAAGACAAGAAACCGUCCGGCGCAUCUGCUAUAGGGGGCGCAAACGGUCAGCAUCAGCGUAAUGCGAGUGAGAUAACAAGCACGAGGCACCAGAAGACGUUGGACGAGAUCGUAGAUACCGUCAAGGUCUUCACGACGAGGUGCAAUAUCUUGCUCGAACCGUUGCUUGAGAUGACGGAUUUCCUAUCUACUCAGCGGACUGCGACCAGCGCGACCACCAGGCCGGCGCUCACCACGUUGUUUGUUCGAAUACUAGCAAUUACUCCCGUUUGGGUUGCCUUGACGCUUCCGCCCCUGAGGAUUAUAACUACGAAGAGGGUCGUCUUGGUAUUUGGCACCCUACUCCUUACGUGGCACUCGAGAGUCUGCCGAGUAUCCCGGACACUCCUAUGGCGGAGUGCUACGAUGCGCAGGCUGGCGAGAUUAGUGACGGGAUUACAGUUCGACGAACCUGCCAAGUCGAAGCUUGACGGCGCCAACGGUAUUCAGACCAAUAUCGCCAUAGGUUCUAAGACGAAGCAACACAACGAGACUGCGAAAGUAUCAUCGUCUGCCCUAACAGCUGCCCUCAAGCGUAGCGGUCGCUCCGGGACCAAGGAUUCGGGCGUGCGCUUUACUUUCAUCAUAUACGAAAAUCAAAGACGCUGGCUAGGUCUGGGGUGGACGAAUAGCCUGUUCGCGUACGAACGUGCCGCCUGGACGGAUGAGCACAACAACCCUGUUCCUCCGAAAGACGAAUUCGAGCUGCCGGAAGUGGAGGACGGACAUGCGAGGUGGAGGUGGGUCGAAGAGAGUAAAUGGCGAGUCGACGGCGCGCCCGAUCUUGAUGAGGCCGAUUAUGACACCGACGCGGGCAAGAAUGGAUGGGUUUUCUACGACAACAAGUGGCAGAACGGUCGUCGAGGCAAUGAUGGGUGGGGUCGAUGGACACGACGCCGCAAAUGGUAUCGUGACGCCGAACUCGUUGAGGUCACAGAUAACGCCUCUUCUCCCCCGCCUCCCGAGUUGCCUGCUCGACCACGACCCGCUCCGACGCUCAGCUCGGAAAAGGUCGAUGUCUCUACUUUCUCUACUUCCAAUCCAGAAAUCUCUACGAGCCUGGAGCCGGACAAGAAUGGGUCGUCAAAGGAGGAAGACGACGCGGUCUCGGUCCUCAGCACCUCGUCCAAGUCGGCUAGGCUCAGGAUGUCUGGCCCCCCGUUACGUCGGCGGACCACAGGCGGCACACAUCGAUCUAGGAGAACGAGCGAAGCCGCUAGCCUACGUUCUAACGAUGACGAAGGUCGCCUGACACCGGCGCUCGAGUUGGAAAUCCAGGGGCAUGGCAAAGACCAGGGGCAAUGGGGUAUCGGAGACGAGGCUCAGAUGGGCCUCGAAUGA